GAAACGCAGCAUAUGAAAGCACAACCUUUAGACAGGAGGCUUUAUAACGCAUACAAAUAUAGAUAUUUUAUAUUUUUACACAUUCUGCAUAUGUUGUGUUGCUUUUCCAACUGCUGAUGCCAUCCAACAAACUCACAAUGCCAUCAAUUUCCUUCUUUAUCCUGGGUUUGGUUGUGGCAACUGUCAAAGCAAAUGAAACAACAUUGUGGAACACCACAGAUCCAGAUCUCCACAACUCCACCACCACCACCACCACCACCACUUCCGUCAUCACCAGUAUCAUCACCAGUAUCACCAACGCAAACACCCCAAGCAUCUAUAUGAAUAAAAAUGAUAUCAAGAGCACCCCCGUACCUGCAACAACAGCGCACCCUGGUUUCUCUGAUUCAGGUAAAGAAACUUCCAGCAGCCACCCAGAUGCCAAAACUGAAAAAGCCACAUCCACACCCAGUGGUUCUUCUGCAAGCACGAAAUCUAACUCUAAAACAACCCCCAAGUCCAGCUCAAAGACAGCCGGCACUGACAAGACUGGUAUCAUCAUUCUAAUCGUGCUCAUCAUUGUGAUUGCUGGUUUUCUAACUGCCUGUUACCUGGUACAUAAAAGAAGACGUCGCUACUCCGCUGAUAUCUCUUCCAGACAAGACGAAGUCAAUAUCCCUCUCAGCACUGUGGAGCCUGUGGGGACUGCACCUCACAACGGUCUGACAACCUUUGAAAGUACAGAAACUGCUGCAAAAGAGCCAGAAGAGGCAAAGCCUGAAGCCGAAGCUGAAGCACAGGAGGAGCAGAAAGCUCAGACUGGAUCUGCUGGUGAUCCGAGCGCUGAAGGCUGCAACUCCAGCUCCAGCUCCAGACAGCACUGAGGACAAACCAAAGGGGACGUUGCUUGAGCAGAGUCCUCCUGCACCUGUGGAGUCCACUGUGGAGGAGAAAACUGAUGAUGAAGCUGCCGUCUCCAACAAGACCUCGAUGGAGUCCCUGAAGGAGACAAUGAGAACAACAACGCUAGCUUCAGUCAGAAAAGAAAUUUGAUCUUCUGGGCAGAAAUUCCUCUUGACUGUUCAGUGUGAGACAUUAUUGCCGCCUUGUAACCGUGCCGUUCCUCAGAAACUUGACCAAAGAAAAAAGUGGUCACUGUGGAAAAGGACCCUUCUGCUCAAACUGUGUGGAGAAUCAUGUUCCCUGCUGUCUGUGAUGCAAGCUCGUUGUUUGUAGCAUAUACAGUACUGUGCAAAAAUCUUGAGUCAGUCCUCAUUUCUUUAUAUUUUGCUAGGAAAAUGGGUGCAGUGAUUUGUUGAAAUGUGCUAAUACACAUGGAGUUACAGCAUAUAAGACAAAAUCAGAGCUUGUACAAUUCUAAUGAGAUUCUAAUGAGAAAGUCAAUAUUUGGCUUCAUCAUUCCAUCAGAUCUGUAGCCACAGAUUUUCAGUCCAGUUCUUGUAUAAUCUGGCAUCCCUCAGCCUUUUCUCCCUGUUUCCCUUCCUUAAAAAUGGUUUCUUGACAGCCACCCUUCCACUGAGACCUUUUCUGCUGAGGCUUCAGUGAACAGCAGAUAGAUCAACUGAAGGGUCAGAUGUAUCUCUCAGGUCCUACUGGAUUUUCUCCUUCUCUGACACACUGCACACCAUGCUGAGAUAUCCCAAGUUUUUAGCUAAUAGUCCUUUGGAAAUCACCUUCUUGGUGCAAAAAUACUAUUUAAGCCUGUCAAACUGUGUUAUCGUUUACAUUUUUCAUAGAUUCAACUAGAGAAAUGGGAACAAAUGAUGCGUUUUUGUGACAGGCUGCUAAUAACAAUGUGCCUAAAGAUAUCAUUACGAUAAAAUUGGUAAUUUUCUGUUAAGUGUAGACACAGUAUUAGCUUUUCCCUUGCGUCAAGUGCCUUUUUAUGGGCUUGAUUCAUGAUUCAUAGGUCAAACAUUCCAGUAUAAAUGGUCAGGUAUGAGGAGGACUGGACAUAAAAUGAGUGAGAAAAAAAAAAAAAAAAGUAGCCAAUGUCCAAAGAAAAACCUUCAGAAAACCUGGAGAAUGAUUGCUCAGCACUCAAG